CUCGAGCAGGGGCUGCCUCCCUUCCCAGUCCCAGGCAGGUUCGACAUGGGCAGGCAGCCGUGCUGCGCGAAGGUGGGGCUGAAGAAGGGGCCGUGGACGGCGGAGGAGGACCAGAAGCUGGUCGCCUUCCUCCUCUCGCACGGCCAUUGCUGCUGGAGGCUCGUCCCCAAGCUCGCGGGCCUGCUCCGGUGCGGCAAGAGCUGCCGCCUCCGGUGGACCAACUACCUGCGCCCCGACCUCAAGCGCGGCCUCCUCUCCGACGACGAGGAGAAGCUCGUCAUUGAUCUCCACGCGGAGCUCGGCAACAGAUGGUCCAAGAUCGCGGCGCGGCUGCCCGGGAGGACGGACAACGAGAUCAAGAACCACUGGAACACGCACAUCAGGAAGAAGCUCAAGAAGAUGGGCCUCGACCCCGUCACCCACCAGCCAGUCGUCCCCUGCGCCACCCGCCCUGACGACCCCCUUGAGGACCUGCUGCCAGAUCCCGAGCACGCGGACUGCGACGAGCCGCCCAAGCCUUCGUCUCAAGAACCGGCCGGCUCCGGCGCCCACGAAGACGAGGACGCGGAGCCGAAGCAGGGCGCCGCCUGCUCUGCCUCCUCCGCGUCCGCUGCCGUGUCGCCGUCCUCCUGCUCAUCCUCGUCCGCCUCGGCCUCCGUCGCCACGCCCGGUGGCGCGGACGUCGUGGACUGGCCCGACCCCGUCGACCUCUUCCAGGUCGACGCCCUCAUCGACAUGGACUGGGCCAGCAUCUUGUCCGGCAGCGGCGGCGGCGACAUUGGCGUCGAUCUCUUCGACCAUUGCUCAGACGUCGCCUUCGACCAGGAAGUGUGGAUGUGAUCGCUUGAGGGUUAGAGUUAGUUUUUGGGUCAGGUGGAUCACCUCGGUUCAUCCCUUUCUUUCUUCUGUUUUCCUCUCACUCAUUCACUCUCUCCAUGCUCUGUUUUCUUCGGUUUCAUAGGAGAAGAUUCGUCGUGUCCAUGUGUCCAUGCAUGCAUGCUUGCUUGUUGAUAUGGAAUGGGAGAAAUGGCCAGUGUGUUUUGU